AUGGGCAUGGCAGUAAAUUUUGCUGCACCCCAUACUUACCUCCCAACACAUUCUUCUUCAAUAACUCUACGAAAACAGUACAAUCCCAUCUGCAGUUCGCAAAAUUUGUUCAAAAUUUCUUCUUGGAGUAAAUUCAAGAAUCCCAUUAGUGUAAUUAAUUGGUCUAAUGCCUCUACUGCUUCUGUGUCAACUGAAAAAAAGGAGGAGUUGUUACCAUUGGGCGUGAGUGAGAUAAAUGAAAAGUGCAAAAAAUGGGUGUGGAAGGGUUACACCAUUAACUAUUUUGUUUACCCAGAAGGCCAUAAUGAUUCUUCGAAUCUGCCUCUUCUGCUAAUUCACGGCCAUUUUAGGAAUAUUCCAACUCUGGCUCAAAGUUAUACAGUUUACGCCAUUGACCUCCUUGGUUUUGGUGCUUCAGAUAAGCCAGCAGGCUUUGCAUAUUCCAUGGAAAUGAUAUUGGAUUUCUUAGACGAAAUUGUUCAAAGGCCAGCGAUACUAAUGGGGAACUCUGUUGGAAGUCUUGCUUGCGUAAUUGCUGCUGCAGAGUCUACUAGGACCCUAAUUCGAGGGCCAGUGCUGUUAAAUUGUGCCCGUGGCAUGAACAACAAGGCGAUUGUUGAUGAUUGGAGGAUAAAUCGACCCUUGCCUUUGCUUUGGUUUUUCGACUUCUUAUUGAAGCGAAAAGGGAUUGCAUCAUAUUUGUUUGAUCGCGUUAGACAAAGAUUAUUAAGAAACCAGCAGAAGAUGAAGGGGCUCUUGAUGCUUUUGUUCCAUUGUAACCGGCCCACCCAGGCCAAAUCCAGUGCAAUUAAUUCCAAAAAUCAACUUACCCGUCCUCGUGUUAUGGGGUGA